AUGACUACCACCAGCCUCCACCACCCACACACCCCCACCCACCAAAAAUUACCACCCAUCACCACCAUACAUUACUUUCACUGGUUACAACAACCCCACCACCACCCACCAAGAUCACCACAACUUACCAUCAUCACCACCUACCACCGAUCACCACCCAUCACCACUACUCACUUCCACCAUCGAUCACUACCACCCACCACCACAAUACACCACCAUCACCCGUCACCACCACCCCUACUACCACACGUCACCACCACCCCUACCACCAUCCACCACCAACAACUAUCAACAACAACCGUCUCCACCACCCAUCACCAUCACCCAUCACUCACUAUAAUCACCACCCAUACCACCACCCACCACCCCACAUGCCUCGCCUACCAACCUUUACCACCACCACCUACCACCUACCACUACCAAACAUCGCUACACACUACCACCACCCAUCACUACCACCACAUGAUUAUGUCUAUAUAA